CGCUCAGCACUGUUCGAACUUCACAAGAUCAGAGUUCGACCAACUCACAUCGAUGCCUAACCCUCAGAUUUUGUCAAUUGCCAUCAUCGGUCGUCAUGGACAACCCCUCUAUAUGCGCAACUUCACCCCACAGACCGGAGGAGAGGCGGAUUUGAAAUGGUAUUAUGCUGCUCAUACGAGCUUAGAUGUCUUCGAGGAACGAGAUGCUCUUCCCACGAAAGUUGUAGACGCUUAUUUUGGUCUGCUCUAUACGAUGGAAGACUACGCUUGCUAUGGGUACCAAACCAAUACAAGAAUCAGGUUUGUUGUUUGCUUGAGCAUGAAGGAAGUGCUCAUGAAAGAAACGGAAGUCAAGGCGAUCUUUCGGUCUUUGCAUUCGGCAUAUAUACAUUAUCUGUCAAACCCAUUCACGCAAUCACCACCCGAGAAUCUGAUAGCUCUCGCCCCUCCUAUCAAAAGCAAGAAGUUCGAUAGUUUGAUCGACGCAAUUGCCGGUGUUUGAAGAGGCCCUUUGAAUGGGUCAGAAGUGGCCGCGCACGCGAUUAGAUGAGCGGUCCGACGAUGGCAAAAGUACAUAAACCAUGCGUGUUCGAUAUCAAGCCAUAUACUCAAUUAUACACUUCGCUGGCUCUUCCUUGCAUAUAGACACUUGUGUUUUUGCUUUGGUCAAUGAGUCGCUGCGAAAGAAGAACGCCGUCAUAUUCGAAGCUCCUCAAAGUGAAUUUCCUCGAGCUUUACUUGUACACUGUUGUAUACCUUCGCGGGUCUUGAGUUGAAUUUUCCUUGAGAUGUACUAUGUGAGAUUCGCAAAUUCAAUUGUCUUACAGGUCAAAGGUGUGCAGUCUCGAAGAAUUGCCACAUGUGAAGAGGAAUAUUGCUCAACCAUCAUAAAGGUACAGCCAUUCCGGAUUUGCUUGUCGCAAUCUUUUGAAAAAAGAAAGUUAGCAAACUCUUAACCUAAC